AUGGGUGAAUCCGGUGAUAAAGCGGAUCCCCCAUCGUCAGCUAGCAAGCAGCACGAGCAGAAAGAACUUACCAGCAGGAUGCGUGUCGGUGAAGAAGAUCUGCCAAGCCUCGAGUACAUCGAGGAUCCGUACAUACCGAAGCUCGAUCCGAAUUGCUUUACCCCCUCGCUGGACGAGGUGUACGACAUCGACGAAGAUGAUGGACUGAUCGGUCACGAGGAGCAGCACUGGUCGGACGAAACGGAACGUUAUCUACGCUCACUAACACUCGAUCAAAUUCUCGGUGUCCCGUCCGAUGAUGAAGAUAUCGAUCCAACAUCCGAGGUGGAACUGCAAACCGUAGAAACUGAGUUUAAUCCACCCUUAUCCUCCGACGAAGGAGACGCUAGCGAGCAGGCAUGCAAUCGUACCAUUCGAUCACCUGGCAAGGAUCCGGGCGAACGGAUGGGUGUGGGAAUUUGUUUCGAACCUGCCGGCAACAAUGAUACACCCAGCCCAUUACCGGGCGGCGGUGGAGGUAUGGUACGAAACAUUCUGGCCAGCCGAUUGCUGCUCGGAAGUGCCACCAACAGACGCAUCCGUGCGCUGUUCAAUCGGCGCAAAAUUCGGGACGUGCGAGUCACGUUCAUCGAUUUCUCGAAGCCAUAUCUGGCCCGUAUCUCGAGUGGUGAUAACUACAAAAGCUUCCUCAACAUUGGGAGUGCGCCAGACAAUUCUGGAAAAUUAUCUGAUGCAUCUCCAGUUGGAUCUAUCAGCUCUGCCGAAAUAGCGAAUGAAUUUUCCGGCCUAUCAGCUGAGGAGCAAACAGCGCAGCGUGAAGAAUGGAGUCAGGAAUUGGCACGUGUCGAAGAGGAGAUAACAACGCUACGGACGGUGCUACAGUCAAAAAUGCGCCAUGCCAGCGAGCUGAAGCGUAAGCUCGGUAUUACCGUGUGGAAGGAAAUCACGGACGACGUCAGCCAAGGAUUUAAGAACGUCAAAGAGAGCAACGUUUAUCAAAGCGUCGAAACGAAGGUCGGAGAAAUAACGAACGUGGUUACAAGUGCACCGAUCUAUCAAAAGACGGAAAGUGCGAUCAAAACGACAGCCGGUAAGACAACAUCUGUGAUCGGUGGCAUAGCGGGCAAAAUGACACAAAAGCUGACGGAAAUGAAGCAGUCCGAUUCAUUCCGAUCGUUUGAAGAACGUGUUGGAUCCGCGUACGAAAAUGUUCGGUCGAAGGUUUCAUCGCGCUCCAGCUCGGUGCAGAGCUUGUCUGAUAUUCAGAAUGACGAGCGUCGCAGUUCCGUGACAACACCAACCGCCAUCCCAGAGGAGAAACCGAUCCCUUAAGCUCGUGACACGGUGGCGG